UAAAUACAGAUGUCGCUUCACCGCUUGUCCUACUUAUUCAUCGCGUUUACUCCAGCCACUACUAGAUGGCGUUAAAAACGUUUUUUUGGACCAAGUAAUAACGAAAUCCAAACAGUCUGUUUAUUAGUAGAGUGAGUAGUGUAGUGACUAAACGAUACAUGAUUUUUCUUUGCGGCCAGUGUAUUAUUGUAAUUUUACGAGAAUGCGGGGCUGCUUGAUUGCAUUUUGAGCGGGAAAGUGGUAGAAAACCCGGGUAAAGUGCAGUGAAAUGGUUUGCAGUAAAAGAUGUGGUUGUGGUGCAUUUUGCCGAAGAUUUUUCUGUGGGGAUAAGGAUAAAGAUCGUGAUGAAAAAAACUGCGAAGAAGAAAUAGAUGAAGAUGGAGUUCCUGUUACCUUGACGCAGUUGGCAGAGUCCAGGGACGUCAGGUUUCUGCAGCCGCUGACGGAACCCCUCCGCAUCGGGUCCCAUAUCGUGUGCACGGGGACCCCUGAUGAAGACUUGCCGUGGUUCACCAUCAACAUCGGCACGGGCGGCGCCAUGGAGGCGCGGCCCGACGUCGCCGUGCACUUCAACGUGCGCAUGCCGCAACGCUACGUGGUCCGCAACACGCGCCGCCACGCGCGCUGGGGGCCCGAGGAGAACACUUCCUUCAAAUCAUUCCCGUUCAAAUUCGAGCGUCCGUUCACAAUAGAAGUGAUAGUGGACGAGUUGGAGACGCUCUGGGCGGUUGACGGCGCUCACUACUGCAGCUACGCUCACCGCAACCCCGCGCCCUUCGCCGCCGCCUGGGUGCAGGUCAUCGGAAUAAGAGAUGCGAGUCUCAAUGUGCAGACUUGCGAUGUUUACCCGAUGUUGGCGCCGCCGCCGCUAGAGGUACCAAAGAGAGCCAGUUAUGAUUCUGAACCUGAUGUGGACAUAGACUGGCAACCCAACGUCAUAGCGAGCUUAGAGAAUGGCAUCCCCGAGGGCUACCAGCUUGUGCUGAAAGGAAGACUCCGCCCCCUGCUCCACUCCUUCACCCUCGACUUAACAGACCGCGCGAGCGAGUGGCCGCGCGCCAACGUGCAUCUACACGCGAACCUGCGAGCGCACGCCGACGCACAGCUGUCGCGGCAGCUCGUCGUGCUCAACGCGUGGCUCGGAGCCUGGGGGGCCGAGAGACGGCAGCGGAGCGCGCAGCUCGUGCCGGGGACUAAGACAACAUUCCGCAUAGUCCGCGGGCCGGGCGAGUGGUCCGUGUACGCGGACGGGCUGGUCGUCGGCGAGCUGGAGUACCGCGCGCACCCGGACGGGGUCAAGGCGCUGCGCAUCCGGGGCGACUUCUACCCGGACGACGUGUAUCUGUGUCCGAAUGCCUACACGCCCGCGCCGCGCACGAACAGCUUCGAUGCUUGAGUCGCGCCACAGAGUAAAAUUAAAGUCUGUUUUCUAAUCUCAGACACU